GAUGGUCUACUACAACUCAGGAGGACUACGCGUGAAUCCCAAUAUUUAUAUGAAUCGGGAAAGGUUUGCCUGAGUCUCUUAAACACAUGGACAGGCUCUGAGAAUGAGGUUUGGAACCCGAAAUGUUCAACGGUACUACAAGUGCUCCUCUCCCUUCAAGCUCUUGUGCUCAAUGAAAAGCCUUACUUCAAUGAGGUCGGGUAUGAUACAUAUAUCGGUAAAGCUGGCGGUGAGAAAAGCUCUGUCAGCUAUAAUGAGAACGCAUAUCUGGUCACCUGCAAGUCAAUGCUAUACUUGCUACGCAACCAACCCAAGGUGUGGAACUAAUAUAGGUAAAAUUUACAAAAAAUAUACCAGCUUAUUAUUCGUGGGAACGUUUCGGUUAGACUCUUAAGUCUUAACAAAUUGAAGUUAAGAUGAUUUAUUUGACAUGUCCUGAAUUUGGGGUUAUGUAUAUUCCUUUUUGCGUGCAUAAAUAGUGGGUACGAAGAAUUAGUAAAAUAUUGACACACAUUUAGACAACAAAUUAGUGUAUGAAUAUAACAAAAAUAUCUAUGUGUAGUAUAUACUUGAGUAAAACUUCCAAAAUCCGUGUAUACUUGAGUAUGAAUAUAACAAAAAUAUCUAUUCGUUUUUUUUGUUCCAGUUCCUUGGAAGGGUUGAAUCAGAACGUAAUUGGGUAUACCAAAGAUCUGUUCAUAGCAGUUAACUCAGCCUUUUUUAUAUUUAUAACUCGUCACCAGAACAUAAACCGGUUCUAUCUUAUUAUGGAUGAAGCGUUGAAACUAGUUUGGUCCUACUUAGGAGGAAUCAGAACCGAACCGGAGUUGGACCAGUUUUGGUCAUGAAUCAUUUUACGGGUUCCUUCUUUGGCAAUAAUCUCUCAUUUUGAAACUGAGACUGGGUUCACCCCUAACGGUUAGGCACAACUCAAGCUUAGUUACUUUAUUUAUGUCGAUUCCAAUUAAAUAGAUGGACAGUGUCUUAAAAAAAUGUUCAGUGUCUUAAUUUGGGUACCUUAUGCAGUUAUGCUUAUCCAUAAAAGUCCUCCUCUGUUCAAGAUUUUUAGGAUUAUUUUUUCGAGUUUGUCUUCAUUAUCUUUUUGUACAGCAUUUUGAAGGUCUUGUGAAAGAACACUUCAGCAGGCGGGGUAAGCAUAUUCUGUUGGCUUGCAAAGCAUAUAUGGAUGACACUCCCAUGCGUGCAGCGGGAUCUGGGAACGUAAAAUCUGAUCAGGAACACUUCAAAGGAAGUUCUAAAGGAUUCAAAGUCCUACUUGCCAAGAUUUUCCCUCUGACUCGUGGAGGCAUUUUCUGAGAAGGUAAUCGUUCCAGCUGAUGCUUAGACUUGAGGAGUGUGUGAGACGAAAGGAUUAAAAAGGUGUUGUAUGCACCUAUCUCUGUGAUAAGUAGAAUGGAUAAAGCCAUAAAGGUUUGUUUGGAUUUACCUUUUAAAAAAGUGUUGUAUGCACUGAACCUAUCUAUGUAAUUUAUGAUUUGCUUUAGAAUGGACAAAAGUACAAAACCAUAAAAAAAACCAGCACUGAUGGAGCAAGUGCCAGUAACAACGAAUACAGGUAUACUCGUAUAUUUUUACAUUUUAAAUGUUAA